UCAAUCUAACACCCACAAACGCCCCUCGAGAACUUUCAGAAGAAAACCUACUACCAUGGCCGCCAUUGCCAGUGAAAAAUCAAAGCCCUACCUACCUCUGGCCGGCCUUGCCAACGACGGUUGGUCUAAUGAGAAUGAGGCGACAGCUACAUGCUUUUGUGGCGCCGUACAACUGGCAUUUCCAGUCCAAGGUGCGGGUCUGAUCGACACUUUCAUUUGCAAUUGUACCGAUUGUCGCAAAAUCACCGCUUCCAUGUUCGCAUCCAAUGUCACUAUCGCCGAUUCGCAUUUGCGACACCUACGUGGUCGGGAAACUCUGAAGGCAUUCAGCCAAUCACGGACAAUCGCCUCUGGCAACAACAUGACAAAUUACUUUUGUUCCACAUGCGGUACGCUUAUGUACCGCGUCGGAGCGGCUUUCCCGGGAAUGAGCAUCCUGCGCAUCGGCACGGUGGAUGAUUUCAAUCUGCACGAGACCAAACUAAAACCCAGAGUGGAACAAUUUGUUAAAGACCGCGUGGGGUGGAUGCACGACGUGGAAGGCGUGGAGAAAGUUGAGGGCUCGGCGUAUACCUGA